AUUCACCUUGUUCGUUUGAGAGUACAGUGUCCUCUUCUUCCCUCCCUUUGGGUCCUUCAAAAGAGUCACGAACCCGUUUUCUCCUAUUCUGUUUCUGUCUCGAAAACCCUAAACCCCUCCAUCAAACCAUUGGUCUCUUCUGACAUUAGCAUUGGAGAUUUGCCUUUCCUGAGCCCUAAUUCGCUGGAAUCUACACGUAUCAGAGCGUCUUGACCCUUUGCCAACACUGAUUCCUGUGUUGGCACCUCGUCCAUCAAUUGACAAUAUCGAAAUUGAAUGCAGAAUAUUUGUAAUUUCCCUGUUGGUAAACUUCCUGAGUGACAACUGAUGGGAAAUCGGGCUGCAUUUACUUUGAGUUUGCUGUGCUACUAACAGAAUGAUCUGAGCAAGUUGGCCUGACAAAAGGGGUUGGCUUCUAUUUUGAUCUCUAUCACUUCAGAGUAAUUGUAGAUUUGUUGAUUAUAUUUGUUUCAUCCUCAUCUGUGAGUGAAUGCGGAAGGCAUGACCACAAAGAAAUAUUCGAUUCAUUUGGAGAUGAGCGGACAUGAAUAGGCUGUCAUUCCGGCCUCGUCCUCUCGACAUUCAUAAGAAACUUCCAAUUGUUAAAUCUGUCAAGGAAUUUGAAGAUGAAGAAACCACAACUUCUACACGCAACUCACAGAUACUACGCCUCACCGCAGAGGCUGAUAAUGAGGUACAUCAAAUUCCUAGUAAGAAAAGCACUCCUGAAAUACCUACUCCUCAGUUUGUCAUUGUGGAUACAUACGAAAGAGAUUAUUCCCGCACCUUCACCCAGCCAACAUCUUAUUUACGCGGCAGGGGAGUUCGGUCUGAUCUUGGAGAGUUUGUUGAGUAUGAUCUGGACAAUGUGGAUGAGGAUUGGCUUAGAGAAUUCAACAGUGAAAGGAAGAUUCUUUCACCUGAAAAGUUUGAGGGUCUUCUUUUUAAGUUAGAGGUAUUGGAUCAUAAAGCCCGGGAAAGAGCAGGAAUAAUAACACCAACUCUUGGUUCGCCCAUCCCUGUUGUUCUACAUUUGGAAGCUGCAUUCGAGGCUUUGCAAUCCCAAUCCAUACGAAGUACAGUUUUCCAGUCUGUUUAUAACUAUUGGAAGGCAAAGCGAGAACAGUGGCAAAAGCCUAUUUUACGCCGCUUGCAGCCCCCCCCACCAGUUAAUGAUACCAAUCCAUACAAUGUAUUCAGACCAAGGGAGAAAGCCCACCGGCUCCACACAAGAAGGAUGCAAAGGAGGGAAAACAAUGUUCAGUCAUUUGAAAAGCUUCGUCAGGUCCGACGCAAUUUGGAUCAAGCCAAAACUGUACUGGAGUCUUUGAUUAAGAGGGAAGAGAAGAAAAGAGAGGUCAUGGAAAGUGAAGUUAGCCUUCAACGAAUACAAAUCAAGUACAAGCAUGAGACUCAGCUUGUUGAAGAUGGCUUGGCACUGCCAGGCUUCCCACCAAUGUCUUUCAGAUUUGGUUCAAGCGAGGAUGAUUUUGCGGACUCGGAUGACAUGGCUAAUAGCCGCACAUUUAUGAGACCAUCUGCAUCACAAAGUACACCUUUCACAGACUCCAAGCUGGUGAUGGUCCCAUCAGGGCAUGUGAAUGGGGAAUUGAGACGACGACAUCUACUGCAUGGAUGGUUCCAUAAAAGGGAUCCACUUGAGCCAGUAAUGUUGUUCACAAGACCUUUGUACCCAGAAAAGUUGGCUGCAGCAAGAAUACUACCACCACCAAGUCCUCCAACCGAAAAUGGCGAAUCCACACCACCAUAUCGUCUCCGUGGAAGGAUUGGCCGAGGAGGGCGCAUCAUUUUUGAUAGAUGGAAUCCUCUAUUGCAGUCACCACUUGGCUAGAUAACUCUUAAUAUGUGCCACCAGAUCCCAGGCCUCCAGGUGGUUGAGUUAGAUUCGCACAUUUACUUCGACUCUAGUGAAUCCCACUGGAACAAGAGGUUGGCAAAGAGCAUAUGUUCUCUUUAUCAGGCAUGCUGUGGAAGCAAGGGUUAAUGAAAUUCAAGAAAAAUCUUUGGGGAGCUUGGUUCAGGCACUCAUUUUUUCUUUUCAGGUUUUUGAGGUAUCAAUACUUGAUCCCUGGUUCCCAAGGUACAACAUAAGAUUUUGACCAUUGAGGCAGCCAAGGGGAUUGGUGUUCAGGCAUUCAUUUGCAACCUGGAAUAGCAGGUGGAUGUUGAUGUAUCUUGGUGUGUCUUUUUCAGGUAUCCGGGCAGUUAAGAGUCUUCAUUGCUUUUGAAUGUUAUUUAUGCCUGCUUGACCUGCCCUAGCAUACUUAUUGUACAAUUAUUCUUUUUCUUGCCUUAUCUUUUCUGAUGAAA